AUGCGGGAGGCUAUGCAAAUGCUAGGCUACGUAGACACGUACCAUAUGAUGAGCUGCUCGAUCGAGAACCCGCCCGAUGCGCUCAUGUGGAUGGACGCCCUUACGGCAAAGUAUGACGGCGUGGGGAAGCCGUUUACUCGCGAUGACUGGGACCGGCUGCUGGGAAAGUGCCAGGCCGUUUGCGACUGGCCCGCAGUGGCCUUUGCUCCCGAGCUGAUCGAGGCCUAUCCCGAGGCAAAGGUUAUCCUCAUUACGCGCGACGUCGACAGCUGGCAUGCGUCCACGAUGAAGACGUUUUACUGGCGAGCUAUGGAUCCAGAGCUGCGUCUGCUGUCGUACGUUAGUUGGGCUGCCGGUAUGUAUCAGCCCAUGAUACGCAAGUUCUUUGACACCUUCUUCGAGGGUGACUUUCCCAAUCGAGGCAAGGCCAUCUUCAUGCGGCACCACGACGAUGUGCGCACCCUCGUGCCUCCAGAACGCUUGCUCGAGUACCGCAUCUCUGACGGCUGGGAACCACUUUGUCGCUUUCUGGAACAACCUGUGCCAAAGUACGCGCAGUUCCCCAGUAUCAACGACAAGGCCGUCUUUGUGGCUCGGUCGCGCCAUCGAAACCGCAUGCAGAUAGCGAACGUCACUCUGCGUUGGCUGUUGAGAAGCACUGCCGUUAUAGGUCUCUGGGUAAUGAUUAUCAGGGUGCUGGGGACAGCGAAAUAG